AAUUCAGUGAAAAUGCGCGCCUUCAGUGUUUGCUUAGUGCUGGUUCUGUUCGUGGCGAUGCUGGUCGGCACCAGCGGUAAUCCCGUCGGCGAUAAUGCUGUGCUCACUUUAGAGACAGCCGAACAACCGUUAACUUUGUUUGAUGUCGACGCGCAGCAAGGACAUGAGAACGAAGGCGAUCGCUUGGCGCGGGGCUACGGUGGCUACCGUGGUGGUUAUGGUGGAUACCGUGGCGGUUUUGGUGGAUAUCGUGGCGGUUAUGGUGGAUACCGCGGUGGAUUUGGUGGAUAUGGCGGUCGUCGUGGUGGUUAUUAUGGUUAAAAUGACGAGAAAUAUAUGAAAAACUAUAAUAUAUCUUUAAUUUAAAUUGUGAAAUUAAAACUAUUAUUUGCCAUACUACAAGAAUAAAAUUAACCGACUUUUGCCAAUAA